AUGGUGCUACUCCUUAUCUCCAUCCGAUGCGAGCUAGAGAAUCUGACCAACCUUCGGCCUGCGUCAGACGAUUUCACAUUCUACAUGAAACUCAGAUGUUCCUGUGGGGAAGUGAGUGAGAAAGAGUCGUCGGUGACAAAAGGGGAGGAGUACGAGAUGAAGGGCAGCCGAGGCACUGCAAAUCUCGUUCAGAAGUGUAAUUUCUGCAGCCGUGUGGGCUCUAUUUCAUUGGUAGAAGGGCAUGGUAAACCCUUUACGGCAGAAGAUUGUGAGAACAGGAAGUUUGUCCCUUUAGUAUGCCUGGACUGCAGAGGAAUGGAGCCGGUGGAAUUCAUUCCCAAGGACGGCUGGCAGGCGGAGGGGGCAGAGUCUGGUACCAAGUUUGAAGACAUUGAUUUGAGCGAUAAGGAGUUUUCAGAUUACGACGAGAAGGCAGGAGAGUCGGUGAGCAUUCUCAACAUCGAGUCUCAAAUAAAGUCCGCCGCAACUGCCGGCGCGAUGGAUCCCCUGCGGGAGGGCUUUGAUUGGCUGCUUCAUGAGCUCGGCGGAGCGGACGCGGACGAGUUUGCUGCGGGAGGAGGAGACGGCGCGGGCUCCGGGAGCGCUGCGCCGAUGGACGGAAGCAUCGAGGCUUCGCUGGAGGAGUCCGGGUUCGCGGAGCUGCUGACGUGGCUGCGCGAGAAUGGCGCGGAGGGAGAUGCGCUGACCGGAAAAAACCUCGAGGUUCUUCCCCCAGCUGCUAGCAGCAGCGCCCAUAGGCGCGGGGCAGCUGCUGCUGCGCCUGCCCCUGCCCCUGCUGCUCAACGCCUCGCGCUGCUCCGCGCCCUCCCCCCGCCUCCCCCUCCCCCCACGCCUCCCCCUUUCCCCCGAAGGCGACCUCGCCGCCUGCCUGCUGCUGCUACAGCAGCAGGGGGAGGGGGGCGAGCUGGGGAAGGGAGUGGCGGAAGGAGAGGGGGAAGCUGCGGGGGAGGGGGAGGGCGCGGGGGGGAGCUGGGGAGCGCAAGUGACUCCUGCUGUGCUGCCGGCGCUGCUGGCGUCCCGCACGGCCCACCUGCUGCCCAUGCUCAGAAACGACCUCCCCCACCUGCCCCUCCUCCACCAGGUCCGCCCUCCCCCUACCCCCCCCUCCACCUUGCUCUCCUCAUCGCCCUCUUUGUUCCCUAUGCCCCCCUCACCUUCCCUACGUCCCAAGUUCUUCUUCCCUGUUUUUCUUCUCCUGUCGCCCCCCCCAAUCCACCCACCCAACUAAACUCCUGGCCUCUCGCCUAUAUAGGAGUCGCUUUUGAGAAAUCUCAAAACCCCACAUCCCCUCUCUUCCCCACUUCAACUGCUACCACACCCCCCCCCACCGCCCCACCUCGUUGUUUUCUCCAUGAUCUGCUGGUGUUAUUGACGUUUUUAUCAAAUUUCCUCUACCCAACUUCGCCUGUUUUUUACUUCCGUUGUCUCUACUUCGCUGCACCGCGCUGCACCUCAUUUCACUUCGCUCUCAGUCUGUUGUAUCUCCUUCCUCCUCACUUUACUCCUGCCUCCUCCCUGCCCUCUCUUUCCCUCCCACCUCUCGCUGCCCUCUCCUUCCCUCCAACUCUCUCGCUCCCCUCUUCCCCACCCCCCUCUCGCCCUCCCACAUCCGCCCCUCUCUUCUCCUUCGACGUCCCUGCUUCGCCCUCCCUGCUUCGCCCUCCCUGCUUCGCCCUCCCUGCUUCGACCUCCCUGCUUCUCCCUGCCCCUCUCGCCCCCUCUGCUUCGCGUUCCCCACUUCGCCCUGCCCUUCUUGCCCUCUCUGCAUCUCCCUGCCGCUCAUCCUGCCAGGCCUUGGCCCAGAGGCAGCAGUACGAGCAGGAGUAUGCCAACUGGACCGCCACCAUCAGUAGCACCACCGACACUGGCAGCAGCAGCAACAGCAGUGCCGUGUCGCUGCCGUCGCUGCAGCAGUUUCUGGUGACGGUGGCGGCCGUGAGGGCGCUGGCUCUGCCCAUGCGCCUGCCGCCCCUGCAGGAGGGGGAUGGGGAGGGGGAGGAGCAGGGGGGCAGGGGUAAGAAGGGCGGGAAGAAGGGCGGAAGGAAGGGAGGGAAGAGGCAGAAGAAGCAGAAGCAGCGGCGGUUUGAGCUGACGGUGGUGCCCCUCGUGAAUGCUGUUGCGCGGGCGAAUGAGAGGAACCUAGGGAACGUGCAGUGGCAGCUUACCCAUUCGGGGUUCCACCUGAGGGCGUCAGAAGCCAUUCCCACCGGGGCUGCCCUCGUGCUGCCUCUCAACGGUGGCCUGCCCGACCCGCUACAAGCAGCAGCAACACACGCAGGGGCACAGGGGACAGCAACAGAGUGGGAGAGCGAGGAGGAGGAGGGGCGGGCACAUUUGACAUCAUUGGAGGAAGUGGAGGAGGCGGACAGCCAUGUGUCGCCGGCCACGCUGCUAUCUAAUGAUGAUGCUUUCCUCUCCCUUGGGAUCAUCUCCGCCUGCUCCGCCUUUGACCGUGUGCAGCUGUACCCCUCGUACGACACGCUCACUCAGAGCGUCCUCAGUGCAGCGCACGUGAACCCCGACUUCAAGCCAUCAGCCUUUAUGAAACUGGCUGAUCGCGUGCGCACAGCGCUGCUGAAGGAGCUCUACCCCUCGUACGACGCGCUCACUCAGAGCGUCCUCAGUGCAGCGCACGUGAACCCCGACUUCAAGCCAUCAGCCUUCAUGGAACUGGCUGAUCGCGUGCACACAGCGCUGCUGAAGGAGGUGCGUGCGGUGAAGCAGGAGGUGCUGUCCACCCUAGUGCGAGAGAAGCUGCUCGCUGCCGCUGUGCGAGCCAAGAGCGGCCGCGGCGUGGGAGGGAGAGGCGGCAAGGCGGAGAGAGGAGGGGUGAAGGGAGGAGGGAAGGGAGUGGUGGGGAGGGAGGGAGAGGCUGGGAAGGAGCAGGAGGGGUGUGGAGGGGGCGUGGUGGAUCAGCUGCUGUUUUGGGAGAGGAGAAGGGCUAUGAGGCAGAGGUACCGGCAGCGACAGAGGAAGCGAGCCGCUGCCCUGCUGGCUGAACUAGAGGCGGAGAGAGCAGGCGAGGCAGAGGCUGAUGGGGAGGGAAGGAGCAGCAAGGGGAGGAAGGGUAGCAAGGGGCGGAAGGGGAAGAAGGGGAGAUGGGAUGAGGAGGAGGAGGAGGGGGAAUGGGAGGACGAGGAGGAUGCGGUGGAGGGGUUGUAUGUGUAUUCGGAUGGCAGGAUGGACCCUGAGCUGGUGGCGUACUUCAGUGCUGUUGUGCUGCUGGCAGCUGCUGGUCAAAUGCCGGAUGUCAUCUCCUUGGCUCGUGUGAGCGUGGCAUAUGCAUGGAACCUGGACGGCAUCACCACAUGCACGUACAUGCCGCUGCUCUCCGACCCAUCCCACCCGCUCUACAUGCACAUGCCUCCCGACCCCAACAACCCCUCCGCCUCGCCCCCGUCACCCGGUAACCACCCGGUGGUAACCGCGCUGUCGCUCGCCCUGGACGUCACUGCCAGCAGCCUGCAGCGGCCCAUAUCGGAUCUCAUGACAGCAAUGAUUGCUCUGGAUGAGAUCGGGCGGCGGCUGAUAGAGACAGAGCCCAUCUGCCACAUGGCGCUGCACUCCGAGAUUCUCUCUGAAACCUUGGAUAAGGUGUGCACGCCGGCUUUCUUCGCGGAGGCAGCAGCAGUCAAGCCCGUGUGCACGCCAGCCUUCUUCACGGAAGCAGCAGCAGUGAAGCCCGUGGUGGCCUUUCCCUCCUCACCUACCGUUCUGGCCUUCUCCCCUCCCCUUCUCUCUCCCCCUCUCUCCCUACUGUGUCCCCCACUCAACACUACCCCUUCCCAGGUGUGCACGCCGGCUUUCUUCGCGGAGGCAGCAGCAGUGAAGCCCGUGGUGGCGUUCCGAGCCAGCAAGCGAGACAUCCUCGCCCUCCUCUCCUCCCGCCUCAAAGACUCCUGCUCCGUCCAAUACCCCCACGAGGCCCAGACCGCUGCCACCGCCACCACCGCCGCUGCCGCCCUAGGCAGUGGCACGGGAGGGGCAGGAGGAGCAGGGGAGGGAAGGGAGGUGGGGGCGGGGAGGGGAGGGGAGAGGGGGGAGUGGAGUGAGUUGGCGAGGGAGGCAAUGGAGGAUCUGGAUGAUGAGGAGUGGCUGGAUGAAUUCAUUCAGUGGAUUCGAGAGAACGGCAUCCCUGACUUUGCUGCUCCAGGAUCCAUCUUUCAGCUGGUGUAUCGCAACUCCAAGCCAUCUGGCGCAAAGGCUGUUGCUGACACCUGGUUGAAGCCCAGUGUAUGCAGUGCGGGGCAGGCGCGCAAGCAGGCAGGGGAGCACAUGAUGAGCAUCCCACGGGCGCUCUUCCUCGCCACAGACAAGAUGCUGCAGGACGGAGUGCCCUACCAGGGCCCUGUCUGGUCCACCGGAAUGGCUGCUGCAUGGCUGUGCCGUGAGAUGGUGAAGGGCAGGGAGUCCUUCUGGUGGCCAUACCUGCAGUUCCUGCCUCCCUCUGUUGGCCUGCCUUUCUUCUCCAAGCCGGAAACACUGAUGGAGCUCGACUCACCUGCUUUUGUUCAGAAGAUAUCAACCCAUCUGAACAACUACCGGUCGGAGUACAACCGCAUUGCACCGCACUUGCGUGCCAACACCACUUUCUUCGAGUACCUGUGGGCCGUCUCCAUCAUCAACUCCCGCGCCUUCGGGGACCAGACGCGCGGUAACAUGGUUACCAUCACGGUGGAAGGCAAGGACCAGGAGGUGCCUCUGGCGAGCGGGCCCUUAGCGCUCGUGCCGAUAGCGGAGCUGCUGGACCAUGAAGACAUGUUCCAGGCUCAGAGCUGCUGCUGGGCUAUGUCUUCAUGCCCUGUCAUGCCCCCUCUCCACGCCCUUCUCCCCUUCUACUCCCAACUCUCCUCCCCUUCUCCUCCACUUCUUCUCCCCCUCUCCUCCCCUUCGCCUCCCCUUCCCCUCCCCCUCUCCUCCCCUUCUCCCCACCUUCUCCUCUCCUCCUCCACCCAGAUUGGAGCAUCACAGUUUGACUUCAUAGCUUUGAUGCCCUUUGCCAGGGGCGACGAGCUGUUCUCCUCUUCUCCACCCCCUCUCCUCCCCGUCUCCUCCUCUUCUCCACCCCCUCUCCUCCCCGUCUCCUCUUCUCCUCCCUUUUCUCCUCCCAUUCAAGCAUCACAGUUUGAGUUCAUAGCUUUGAUGCCAUUCACCAAGGGAGCCGAGCUCUUCACGUCGUACGGCCCCAAGGUGAACGAGGAGCUGCUGCUGGGCUACGGCUUCGUGCUGGACGGAAACAAGCAGGAGAACGUGCUGCUCUUCCGCACGCUGCUAGAUGCAGUGAACCUGGUCGCCCUCGUCCUGCACCGCGGCGAGUGGGUGGUAGGCCCGGGUGGCUUGGGUGGGGCGGCUGGGAAGGGCGGCAAGACAGGGGAGGCUAGGGAUGUGAGUGAGUGCCACGAAGGGAUUGAGGGAGAGGGAGAGGAAGAGGAGGAGGGGAAGAAACGGACAUGUGCAGCGAAAUACGGGGAUGAGGCUGUGGAAGGUGGUGGUGCGGCUGUGAGUGCAGAGGCGGGCAGCAAAGGGGAUAUGGAGCUGAAGCAGGGCUUGGCACGCAUCUGGGGAGAAGGGCUGGGUGACUGGCUGGUCAACGAGGGUGCUGAUGCCAAGGCAGUAGAAGCAAUCGCCAGGGAGCGCGCCAAGGCAGAGAAGCAGUUCGUGCACGUGGGAGCCAUGCCUCAGUACUUGGCUCGGCAGGAGAUCAGGAGGGAGAGCGAGGCAGACGAGGUGAAUGGCGGAGUGGAGGUGCUGGCAGGGAAAUACAAAGACCCGAGUUUUGGCGUGUCCGUGUGGCGUGGGGGGAUUGUGGAGCCGAAUCUCAUGGCGGUGUUUGCUGCUGUGUGGUACUACCUCAAGCACCAUUCAGUUAGGAGUAGCAGCAGGGGGUUGGAGGGAGAGAGCGAGGCGGACGAGGUGAAUGGUGGGCUGGAGGUGCUGGCAGGGAAGUACAAGGACCCGAGUUUUGCCGUGUCCGUGUGGAGAGGUGGGAUCGUGGAGCCGAACCUGAUGGCGGUUUUUUCUGCUGUGUGGUACUAUCUCAUGCACCAGUCAGAGCCCCCGGCCGACAUGGCCAGUUCAGUGCUUUACCUGGGGUGGGCCGUGAGCAACAGUGGCUGUCGGGACCCACAUGUUGAUAGCCAAAUCAUGCAUUCACCCCUUACUCUUUCUCUGCGCUCUCCCCUCCCUCCGUCAGAGCCCCCAUCGGACAUGGCCAAGUCAGUGCUGUAUCUGGGCUGGGGAGUGAGCAACAGCGGCUGUAGGGACGUGGCCUCUCCCUUCUCCAACGUGCUGCCCGCCCUGCAAGCAGCGGCUGACACCGUUCGUCUGCUAGCGCAGGCGCGGCUGCAGCAGAUGCCGACCAGCAUAGAAGAGGACGAAGCGAUCCUGAGGGAGCUGGAGCGGUGCAAGAGCGGCGGGAAGAUGGGGGCGGGUGGUGGGGAGGGGGUGAAGGGUGGGAAACUGGGGAAGGAAGGAAAGAAGAAGCCAGCACAGAGCAAGCAGCAGCAGAAGGCGAAGCUGACGAGCCUGGAGGAGGAAGUUUCCGCAAAGCGACUCAGCCGGCGCCGGCGCCGGCGUGCUGUUAGCGAGGGGAGGAUCAGCGAUGACUACAGCGAUGAUGACAACAACGAGGGUGACAACACCGAGGAGGAAACGGACCUAGAGCUCGGGAGCAGGAGCGAUGAAGAGGAGGCGAUAGAUUGUGAUGCGUGGGCGCGAGAGCAGGCCAGUGGGGAGAGCGAGGAGGAAGGCGGCGGGUCGGAGAGCGGGAAUGGCAGCGGCGGUAGUAGUGGGGGUGCGAAGAGGCUUACUGUGAUGCGGGUGCGGUGUGGGUGUGAGGAGUUUAGGGCGGAGGCGGAUGAGCGGAUGGUGGCGGUGCGGUUCCGGAAGGCCAAGAAGGCGGUGCUGAAAGAAGUGGUGGACCGGCUCAGAAAGGCGUGCCCUUCCUCCCCCACUGCUUUCCUCUGA